ACAUUUCCACACUCAAACGUAUCAAGACUUUUCUCUCUCUCUAUCAACUAAAAUGGCGAAAAGUACACUCAACCUCUUCCUUUUCCUUCUCCUUUCCCUUCUGGCCAUAGCCUUGUCGGGCGCCCAAGUGAACGCCCUAGGAAGGAAGGUAGGCGGGAGAACAGAGAUCGAGGAUGUGAAGACCAACAAGGAGGUUCAACAGCUGGGGAGGUACUGUGUGGAGGAGUAUAACAAGGGCCUCAAGCAGAAAAAGCAGGGGACUGGGAGGUUGUUGAGCUUCUCGGAGGUGGUCAAGGCGGAGAAGCAGGUGGUGAACGGAAUCAAGUACUACCUCCGCAUCUCCGCCUCCACCGCCGUCGGCGAAGCCAACACUUUCGACGCCGUAGUCGUGGUCAAGCCCUGGGCCAAAUCUAAGGAGUUGCUCUCCUUUGCACCCGCUACACCGUCAAAGUAAAGCAGCACCACUUCCGUCGUGAUUAUCCAAUGAGAUAUAUAUACAAAAUGCAAAAUAGUUGUGCUGUGGUUUGCUAUAAGGAAUUAAAAUAAUGCAUAAAACCUUAAAUUUUGAUGAUCCGCUAUUUGAAGACAGUGUCUUUGAAUUCUGUUGUCAUAUAUCAGAUUUUGCCGUGAAUUUAAUUUAAUUUUACGUUGUUAA